AAAGUAUCCAUAAUUCUAGCUUAAAGUAGAGCAUGCUCUAGGUUUUUCAGCAGAAGACUUGCACACUUCGACCAUUUCUAAAAUAUUGCCAAAGUAGGCCAUCAGUAAUGUAUUCCCUACUAUUUGCCCUACUCAGGCCCUUGUAUAUCACCAAAAUGUACCUGGUUAACAUCUCCAACUUUUGCUCUUUAGCUAGUUUAGAGGUAUGAUUUAUUGUAUUGCGUUGGUUAUUGGGGUCAGUAUGACCGAGGUUUUUUGAGGAGAUCUUCUUAACUGAAGGUCAUGCGGUUCCCUGAGUAUUAUGAUGUACUAAAUUGGCAUUUCAAUUGUUGCCUUUGUGUGCGUGUCUGUGGGUAUGAUUUAAUUUCUUUAUACAUUGAGCACUUAUUAUUGAAAUUACUUCAGCUAUUGGAUUAUUAAGGGAGUGAGCCUUGGACGCCGACUUCUUUAAUGCAAAAUGUACCCAAUCAUAAUGUAGUCAAUAAAAAGCCAAGUGAUUUUUCAGCUGAGGAACUUGAGGAAGAGCUUUUUAAACUGUUCCUGACAACUAGGUUUCAGCCAAGCUACGCUAAGAGUGUGGCAGCUGAUAGCUGGUUGGCAUUAAUGGAUCGGCUUCUAAUUCUGCGGGAGUAUUGGAUUGAAGAGAAAGAUCACGUGAAGGCAAACAUACUUCAGUUGAUUGAUAUAUACUAUGAUGCUUUAGAUGCACCGAAAAAGGGUGGACGAAAGGCUGAAAUUUUUCAAGGCUCACCACCACCUGGCACCUGACUUUUGAUCUUUUUUAACUUCCAAGCUUGAUCUUACAGUAGAUUGCAUGUGGGUCAUGCAGCAAUCAGCAAAGACGAGAAAUGUAUUUAAAUAAGGG